AUGGAGGCCGACUCAGCACACAAUCGCUAUCGCUCUCGCAUUCUUCGAGAAAUGAACGCAAAUCGCGACAAUCCUUUCAACUCCCCACCAUCUUCCACCGGCUCCCACGGCACCGUAAGCCCGACAAUGUCUUCCGUCUUCUCAGAACCAGACGGCGAGUCGACGCGCAGACUGAACGAAGACAUCGCUCGUAUUGUCGGUUCCACGGGUGGAAAGGUCCAAGUCGACUUGGAGGCUGCCCACCGCAAGUGGCCCGAAUUCUAUGGCAAGCCGAAGGCCGCCGCCGAAGCGAAGCAGAACAAGCCCGCCCCUAGGCAAUCGGGCUCUUUGCGUCACAAGGACGCCGUCUCCCACAAGGCCAUCGUCCAGAAGUACCUGUCUAAUAUGGUGGACGACUCGACGGAAAUGACCUGGCAGGGUUCUAAGCGGACACGUGCUGAAAUGCAGCCUCGCGUAGAGGACAACGAGUCUGACAUG